UGAUUGAAAAAAGUGAGCCAGGGAACCCUUUAUCUGGGUGCUUAGCUUCUGUUGUCCUGGGCACACAAUUCCAAGUUUCUGAAGCUGAAGAAGAUCCAAAUAUGUAGAAUUCAGAAAGUGUCCUUCCAGGGCUGGGGUAGUACAGGACACAGCCUGAGUUCAUAUAAUCCUAAACCUCGAUGUUCAUUGGGUUCUAUCUUCCUGGGUCCAGCCCCUACUUCAGGCCAAAUCCAUUUUAUGAAAACUUGAAGAUAAAGGAGAAAGAGGUCAUGUCAUUACUGCACAACUUAGACACAAAGAACAUUGAACAUCGUGAGAAAUUUCAGGAGCUCAAGAAGGAGAUUAACUUCUAUUGCAACCUGCACAGCCGGCUCCUGAUGGACCAGGCAUGUAUGAAGAAGAAGUUGGUCACAUUGAAGCAGGAGAGCAAGGAGGUACAGCGAUAUUUGUUUGAGUUGAACCCGAAGGAUGAAGACCAACCGGAGAAAACCAGCAACCUCCAGACCCAGCAAAAUGUGGUAGGAACAAGCAGCUGAGUCAGAUUAACAAUGUCUGAUACCAUUUGCCUAUUGGAUACAUCUUUGCUUCCCCUAUCAGCUUUCUAAUCUCCCCACACCCAGUCAGUCACCCACCUCAUGUGAUAGAGUUAUUCAUUGCUCUGUCUAUGCACAAGUAUUCUGGGAUGUUAACCACUCUUCAGAAACUGAAUUGUUGGCAAUUAUACUUC